AUGCUUCUUCUGCUGGUGGUGGCGGCCAUCUUGCCGUCGUGUUACGCGUUCAUGGACUGCGCAGCAGCAUGCCGUAACUGCCGUGAGAAACGCCAACAUCCCGUACUGGUGCAAGUGCACUGCGCUAUGUGCCAAGAGUGUCAACUGAGACGUAUGGAAAGAAGCAUUACAUCUACGAGUACGAACACCGUGAGCCCGAGGUUAGCCGGACCGUGGAGCAACUUAAUGCAGGAUGUAUUUGAUGAUCCGUCACCACAAGAUCAGCCACCACAAGAGUAUCCACCUCAGGAGUAUCCACCACAGGAGUAUCCACCACAGGCGCAUUCACCACAGGCGCAGUUCCCAGAGACACAAUCAUCACAAGCGCGUUAUCCACAGCCGCAAUCACCACAGGCUUAUUCACCACAGCCGCAAUAUGCUACUAAUCAAUACGAUGAAUAUAUGGAGUAUCCCGAGGGUUGUCCAACGCCACCACCGUGCGAAUACGAAGAAGAGCAAACCGAAAGGCUCAUAAGAACCACAUCGACCACAUCCACCACCACAACCCAAAAACCAUGUCCCCCGAUCCCAAUGUGCAAGCGACUAAAAACGGCCCGUCCUAAGACCACCUAUAGACCAUUAGUUCAGAUGUGUACGCCAUGCAUGCCAAUGUGUCCUAUCCCUUGUCUUCAAUACCGAUACCAAACCCCAUAUCAAUCAACUCCGCUCCAAUAUCAGCAACCCCCGCGACAAUACCAACAACCUUCGCCCCAAUCCCAGCAACCUCUGGUACAAUCCCAGCAACCUCAACCUCAAUAUCAGCAGCCACCACUUCAAUAUCAGCCACCUGCGGUUGAAUAUCCACAACCUCCACUUCAACCUCAGGUUCUCCAACCCCAACGACCUCCUCUACAACCUCAGCCACUUCCGCAACAACCUCAGCCAUUUCCGCAACAACCUCAACUGCUUCCGCAACAACCUCAACAGCUUCCCCAACAACAUCAGCCGCUUCCCCAACAACAUCAACCGCUUCCGCAACAACCUCACCCACUUCCGCAUCAACCUCAGCCACUUGCACAACAAACCCAGCCGCCUCCGUACCAAUAUCAGCAACCUUCGAACCAAUACCUCACCAGUCAGCAGCCUAUGUAUCCGCCUCACUACCAGACUCCGGCCACAAAUUGUCAAACGACGCACCCAUCAUGGACGACCCCCGACUAUUAUUAUGUUUACCUCGGUGUGCCCAAAGGCUUAAUGAGCAGCAAACAAUGUUAG